AUGGAUCUACGAUCGUGGGUUUCUGACAACACGUUAAAGUUGGUUGGAAUGUCCGAAGCGACUAUAGUUGAUUACAUGAUCGCUGAAGCACAAUGUGCUAAAAGUAGAGAAUCACUACGUGAAGCGUUGAGUGAGUUGCCACAAACUGCAGAGGCUCAACGAUUCAUUAAUGAACUUUUUGAUAGAGUUCCUCGAAAAAAUGAACAAAAUUCAAAAAAAUCUAAAAAAUCUAAAAAAGAAAAAAAUUUACGUAAAAAAGAUACUUUAAAUGGUUGGGAAAAAUCAGAAGAUGAAUACUUAAAAGAAGAAAAUGAAAAAAUUCAAGAUAUAAUAGAAAGAGAUGAGUACGCUAAACGUUUAAGAGAAAAAGAUAAGGAAAGAACAAAAAAGCUUGUAGAAGAUCGAUCAUCAAAAGCAGAUAGUGAAACUGCUAAACGAAGAAAUCUUGCCAAUGAUGCUGAAGCACGUAAAAAACUUCUUCCUGACAUUCGUGAAAGAUCACGACAAACUUACUUAAAGGAUCGAACAGAUAAACAAUUACAAAUGUUAGAAUUAGGUGUUAUUGAUGAGGAUAUAUUGUUUAAAGAUGAAAAACUUUCUAAAAGGGAAAGAAGGGAACUUGAAAUGAAAAAAGAAACUUUAAGAUUAACGAAAGAGAGAUUAAGUCUUUCUGGAAAAACUGAUGAAUACUCAAUGCCAGAAGAUCGUGACCCAAAUAAAUUUGUCACUGAUCAAGAUCAAUGGGAACAAACUCAAAUAGUAAAAUCUCAAUUAAAAGUCGGUGCUCAAGAUAGAAUAAAAGAAGAAGAGGAUUAUAGUUAUGUGUUCGAUGAUCAAGCCAUUGAUUUUCUUGAUUGGGAUUGGAAAUCGAAUGAUAAAGAAGAUGAAAUCAUGGCUAAAAUUGAUGAAGCUGAACGAAAGGAAGAUUUACUUAAAGCUAUAAAUGAAUAUCAAACUUUGGUGAUUGUUGGUGAAACUGGGUCAGGAAAGACUACACAAUUGCCUCAAUAUCUCUUUGAAGCAGGUUAUACCAAAGAUGGGAAAAAAAUUUGUUGUACGCAACCAAGGAGGGUUGCUGCAAUGAGUGUUGCCGCUCGUGUAGCAGAAGAAAUGGGUGUAAAACUUGGAUAUGAGGUCGGAUACGCGAUUAGGUUCGAGGAUUGUACUUCAGAUAAAACUAUAAUUAAAUAUAUGACCGAUGGUACUCUUCUCCGUGAAUUUUUAUCUACUCCUUUACUAGAUGAUUAUAAUUGUUUAAUGAUUGAUGAGGCACACGAAAGAACUUUACAUACUGAUAUCUUAUUCGGUUUAGUAAAGGAUAUUGCCCGUGUAAGACCUGAUCUCAAACUUUUAAUAUCAAGUGCCACUUUAGAUGCUCAAAAGUUUGCAGAAUACUUUGAUGCACCAAUUUUCAAUAUUCCUGGCAAGCCUUAUCCUGUACAAAUAUGCUACACUAAAGCACCUGAAGCAAAUUAUAUAUCCGCUGCUAUCACUACGGUAAUGCAAUUGCACAUUUCACAAAAGAACGGUGACAUAUUGGUUUUCCUUACAGGACAAGAUGAAAUUGAAGCUGUGCAUGAAAGUUUACAACAUACCUGUAGGGUUCUUGGAAGCAAAAUACGUGAACUUAUAAUAUGUCCUAUAUAUGCGAACCUUCCUCCUGAUAUGCAAGCUAAAAUUUUCGAACCAACACCUCCUGGAGCUCGAAAGGUCAUUUUAGCUACCAAUAUAGCCGAGACUUCAAUUACUAUUGAUGGUGUCACAUUUGUUAUUGAUCCAGGUUUUGUUAAACAAAAUGUAUAUAGUCCAAAAACAAGAAUGGAAUCAUUGUUAGUUGUUCCAUGUUCAAGAGCUUCAGCAGUUCAGAGAUCUGGAAGAGCUGGACGUGUUGGACCAGGUCAUUGUUUUAGAUUAUAUACUCAACAUGCGUUUCACAAUGAGUUGGAAGAAAACACCGUUCCUGAAAUUCAAAGAACUAAUUUAGCUAAUGUGGUUCUAUCAUUAAAGAGUAUAGGAAUUCAUGAUGUGAUGAGGUUUGAGUUUAUGGAUCCUCCUCAUGAACAAGCACUAAUAGCUGCACUAAAUGAUUUAUACGCUCUUGGAGCUCUAAAUAAUAAUGGGGAACUGACCAAAUUAGGCAGGCGCAUGGCUGAAUUUCCCUUGGAUCCAUUUUUAUCUAAAUCAAUAAUAUGGUCGGAAAGAUAUAAUUGUACAGAAGAGGUGAUAUCUAUUAUAAGUAUGCUUACUGUUCAAAGUUCCGUUUUUUAUCGACCAAAGGACAAAAAAUUUCAUGCAGAUAAAGCUCGCCAGAAUUUUGUUCGUCCCGGUGGUGAUCAUUUCACAGCAAGAGAUGUUCGUGAUCAACUUGUUGGUCUUUGUGAACGUGCUGAAGUAGAUUUGACAUCUAACCCAAAUCCUGGUGACAUUGUACCAAUUCAAAAAUCAAUUGUGUCAGGAUUUUUCAUGAAUGCCGCAAGGAUUUCACGUUUUGGUGAGUCGUACCAAAAAGCAAAAUAUGGUGAACCGGGUCGAACGAUACAUAUUCAUCCCAGCAGUUCUUUAUUUCAAGUAAAUCCAAAAUGGAUAGUAUUUUUUGAAUUAGUACUUACAAGUAAGGAGUAUAUGCGUCAAGUAAUGGAAAUUAAACCUGAAUGGUUAACGGAAGCUGCUCCAUAUUAUUAUUCAAAAUCAGAAUUGGAUAAUUUAGAUGGUAAAAAGAAAAUGCCAAAAAAUAAUCAAGCUACAUAA